AUGGUUGUGCUACAUCAUAAUGAGCUGGACCGCUUCUUAUGGGGGUCAGCGUCGGUAGUCGGUCGAUCGCGAUCCACCGAUGUCGCUGUCUACAUCCAGUUUGCCGUGGUGGGUUGCCUUGGUGUGGCUGUCAUUUUGGACUACGAUAAGCCCGAAUCAGCGCGCUUAGCCGCAGCAACGGCUGUGCAGAUGAUCUAUUUACGCAGCACGGAGCUGUUUGUCCGUUUGGCAUUGUUCGUGUCGGUCAUAGUGCUCUACGGCGACAUUUUUGUGCCAAUAUGCAACUUUCACAAGACUGGAGACGUUCAACUACUACCCGCCGCAAAGCUCGUGUUGCACUGUAUCUGGAUGUGGAACAUGAUACGCCUUUUGUUCACAAUUUUCCAGUCAGGGGCCAUCCCACAGCGUGAACGGAAACACCGUCUGGCGUCAAGCACCGUUAAACGUUCUUUUGUAAAGCUGUAA